ACAGGCGGUCAAUAAGCGAUAUUGCACGGUUGAGUUGGUGGUUAUCGGGUGGCCUAGCAAGUACCCGUUUCUCAUCAAAUCAAUAAAUCAUCUAAUUUGCAUCCAUAGCGGCCAGUACGUUCAGGAAAAUAGAAAACCGAUUAUUUCCGUUUUUUGUUCGUCAAGUUUGGUCUAAAGAAUGAGGAAAUAUCAAAAGUAUAACGGACAUGUUUUAAUGUUGAUUAUAUUAUUAAUAGCCUGUUAUAUUAGACCAGCAGUUGUUACUGGAAGCCAAGAAAAGACCGACAGAGAAUGUACACUGGGAGAUAAAGAAUGUCGAAAAACAGAAAAACCAAAACUACGAUUAGCACUGCCGUACAUCAAUACUGUCAAGGUUGGUUAUGAACAACAAGUUCAAUUGUCAGAAGGAAAGCUGCUCAAUAUAAAGACAUUGAGUACGGCGCCACCAAUUUUUGAAAUCCCUGACUUUUUUACUGCCGACGAGUGUGACUUGGUUAUUGAGAUGGCCAAGAAUAAAGGCAUGUCAGACAGUCCUGUCAUGGAGGAUCCACGAGGCCUUCCUAAUGACACUACUAAACAAGUGUUUGAUGACUGGGACACUAAUGAUGAUGGCUUCAUUGAUCCCGAGGAGGUGAUAUAUUUACCAGGAAAAAGUGAUUUGUACCUCACGACUGAAGAUGUCACCAAAAUGUUUGCUGAUCUUGCAAUAGACAAAGAUAACAAUGGAAAAAUGGAUUUCGAGGAGCUUCAGGCAGUAACAGUAGAAGGAAUGAAGAAAUACUUUGAUGGUCUGAGAAACACCAAGUCACGGUUACGAAGCAGAAAUACUCAGCAAACCUGGUUAUGGCACGACGAGGAUGAACUACUCCAGUACGAAGACCUGCUGGAAGAUUAUCAUGAUAGGUUUUCCAAGCUCACCAAAUUACCUAGUAAGAUCAUAGAAGACAGUGAACCACUGCAGGUAGAACACUACCAACAGCAUGGUCAUUAUCACUGUCAUCAUGAUUCUGAGGUUAUCAACACAGGCCUCCCAUGUUGUACAUAUGGGGCGUCAGAAUGCAGGUUAUGUAGAUAUCUUACUGUCAGUAUAUUCCUAAACGACGUUGAAGAUGGUGGAGAGUUGGCCUUCCCUGUAGCAGACAAUAAUACAUUCAACUGGGAGGUUUGGACAAAGGAAUCUUUGACCAAGUGUAACCUUGCCAAACACUGCUCUGAAUCAAACCUCGUUAUCAAGCCAAAGAAAGGCAAAGCUAUAUUAUUCUAUAAUCACCUGCUGAACCACAAGACUCGCUGGCUCAGUGCAGUCGACCCAAGAGCGUUAGUUGGCGGCUGUGACGUCAGGAAGGGAGAGAAAUGGAUAGCUAAUGCAUGGAUUAAUAUUAACGGUGAUGGGAUCAAUGACUUGAUAUCAUGGAAAUCAGCCGCGAAUUGGAUGUCGGGAAAUAAUAGGAAUGAUGAAGUGAUAACUGCAUUGAAACGAACAGAUACUGAAGGGAAUAUUGACGAAGAAAUUGAAAAUAGAUAUACUCUAGAAAAGAACAUACUGAGGGCUCCCACGAGUAACAAGAUAGAGGGCCCUCCUAGACCGGAAGGGACACCUGACUUUAACAACGUUCAGGGACAUGCUCGUGGAUCGUAUGAUGCGAUAGAAGGUAUUAAUAUGAAGGAAGUUAAAAACGAUAAUACUCCACAUACACAACAAGAGAAUAUAUAUACUCGUGGGACUCAUGAUGCUACACAAGGUAUUAAUAUGAAGGAAGUAAAAAAGGAUAAUACUCCACAAACACAACAAGAGAAUAUAUAUACUCGUGGGACUCAUGAUGCUACACAAGGUAUUAAUAUGAAGGAAGUUAAAAACGAUAAUACUCCACAAACACAACAAGAAAAUGUACGAUAUACAAAACAAUCCACACAAGAGCAAGAUGAGGAGGAAGAAGGUCCAACAGGACCUAUAGCACACUUAGGAAACACACCAGCACCGUUACCGUUACCAUUAGAAACGGUGACUGAACCAAAACCACCAACAAUGGAUGACCCACCCAUCCCCCCACAGGAGGGAUAUCGGGUACUCAGAUCAAUAAUGCUAUUAAUAGAUGAACUGGAUCAAGUUGAGCUUGAGAUCUUAGCAAGAAACUUACAUUCGAAAUUAAAACUGGUCUGUGUACCUUUAAUAAUGAAUCCUAUGGGAGGUAUAUAAGAAUAUGAAAUAAAUACUAAACCGACUCCAGCCCACCGACGGGAUGUUGUACAGAACGCAACAAUGAACAAUGUAUAGCAUAAAUACGUCAAAUCACUAACAAGAGUAAUGCAUAACAUGCCGGGCCACCAUGCGUCAUGCAGUAAUAUAUAUAUAUAUACCACUUGUAAAGACCUCUGCUUGUCGGUGAGGUACUGGUACGAGUGUGUUUAGUGACUUAUUAAUAGUGGCAUAAGUGUUAUACAAGUGUCGUCUAUACAUUCCUUAUCAGUAUAGGUUAUAUCGCUAGUUUGUCGCACCAAUGUAUUCUUGGGCUAUUAACAAAAUACGUCAUGCUUUGUUGUUCUUUUGUUCAGUGUUAUUUAACUGAGUUAACAGUCCCAGAAUGCAUUGCUGUGACAGUGAUAUAGUCUAUGACAUGUUUAUGUCAGAAUCGUGUACAAAGUUGCCGUUAAUAUCAAGAGAACACAAAACUAGAAAACGAUUUUUUUAAAUUAAGGUAGCUGCCUACUUCAGCAAAAAGUAAUUAGAUAACUUUUUAAGAAAGCUUUUUUACACAGCAGGGCCGAGUUGUUCAAAGCUGGAUUAGCGCUAACCCAGGAUUAAGUCCAUAGGUCUCAUUAAGAGUUAACCCAGGAUUAGCACUAAUCGGGCUUUGAACAACUGGGCCGAAAUAGUACGCUGAUUCAAAAUGAAGGGAUAAAAAUGGUGUGUCCCGAGCUCGUUUUCGAGUAAUGAGAUGUUAAUUUUACCAUCCAAGUUUUCGAAAGAAAAAUAGCGGAAACCAAAAUAAUUUAUAACUCGAAGGUGUAGGAAGUAAUUGAGUCAAAACAUCUACUAGGAUUUUUGACAAAUAAAACUAAUUGAAUGAAGAUUAUUGAGAAUAAGCACUAACAUUUUGAAGCUAUAACACCGCUUUGAGCUUUAACACCGCUUUGAAUUUUUUUUGUGUGAAGACAUGCGAAUCAAACGCUGCGAAGUAGUCAGCCACAUUUAGAUCAAUAUUAUAUUGUUUCAUACCGGAAUACUAAAUCUAAUUGUUACAUGAAUUGUAUAAAAAAGAUGAAUCAAUCGAGAAAUAAAAAAAGAAAGCCUGGUCUGGUCUGGUCUGGUUUAUUCCUCCUAUAAGGGUAAUGUACUUUAAAUAUUACUGGA